CUUCAACAGAGAAUCAACAUAAGACGGGAUCAUUUUUCUUCAACGCCUGCAAAAUGUUUAGAGAAGGUGGAGAUGGAUGUAAUCGAUGGGUUGUGCUGUGCCUGGGACUCUUGAACGCUGUUCUGCUGAUAGCUGCGGUUGUUCUUGGGAAUAACUGUGCCAAAGUCAAAGAGGGCUCCUUCCACAUUUCCCACCCAGCUGUAACACAGCUUUUCAGUGAGCUCGACUUUCUCCAAAGCAAUCACAGCGACGUGAUCGAAGCUGAAGAGGAGGCCAAGAAGGCGUUAGAGAGAGCGAUCAAAAACCAUGAAGAAAUAAAGGUGAAAAUUGAGCAGCUGAAGACCAUCGGUGAUGAUUUUUGGAAACAGAUGGAAUCUCUGCGAACAGUGAAGACAAACCUGCAGUCCAACAUAUCAACUUUAGAGGGAUCUUGUGGUAGCUGCCUCCCUGGAUGGAUUCUCUUCAACUCGUCCUGCUAUUUCUUCUCUUCCACCGAGUCCUCUACUGUCACAAAGAACUGGCACAACAGCAGAGCAGACUGUGUUAGACGUGGAUCUGACCUGGUUGUGAUCGAUGACCAGGUAGAGCAGAGAUUUUUGAGCAGCAACAUUGAAAAUAUGAAAACCAGUCCUCGGUGGUGGAAGAACGGAUUCUGGAUUGGUAUCACUGACAGAGAGACUGAGGGGAAAUGGGUGUGGAUUAAUAAUGUCACAGAGGUGGAGCCAAGGUACUGGAUGGAUGGCGAACCCAACGACAGUGGACAUGAGGGAGAGGACUGUGGGGUUGUGGUUUCCUCCCCCUUUAAUCCCUGGAAGACUCGCUAUGAUGGAAAAUGCCAGACCGAAGAUUUACACUGGAUAUGUGAAAUGCCAUCAAGAUAACUGCUCUUCACUCAUGAUGUACUGCUCAAGCAAUUAGUAAAAGUCUAAAAUAUCUUUCAGAGGUUUAUUUCCUCACAUUUAGCUUGAAUGAUUCUAUCUCUGCUUUAGCUGUCAUUACUUUGUCCAUGGUGAUA